CAUUUAUCCUGCGGCGGCUCGUUCACAUUUGGCGCCAGAUCUUCUAGCAGAGAAGCAUGUCGGGCCGCGGGAAAACCGGGGGCGGCAAGGCUCGGGCCAAGGCGAAGUCGCGCUCGUCGCGGGCCGGACUGCAAUUCCCGGUGGGGCGCGUGCACCGGCUGCUGCGGCGUGGCCACUACGCGGAGCGGGUCGGGGCCGGGGCGCCUGUCUAUCUCGCCGCGGUGCUGGAGUACCUGACUGCCGAGAUCCUGGAGCUGGCGGGCAACGCGGCGCGGGACAACCGCAAGACGCGCAUUGUGCCUCGCCACGUGCAGCUGGCCGUGCGCAACGACGAGGAGCUCAGCCGCCUCCUGGGACGCGUCACCAUCGCGCAGGGCGGUGUCCUGCCCAACAUCCCCGCCGCCCUUCUGCCCCGAAAGGCCGGCGCUGGAGGAGGAGGAGCGGCGAGCGGAGCGGCGCCGAGGAAGAAGGCCAGCCAGGCCUCCCAGGAAUACUAAGGCGGGCGAGCAGCAGCCUCUGGACAGGACUCCGGUAGCAGCCGGCGAGGGAGGGACACGAGGACGGGCCACGCAACCCCGCUGCUUUCCUUGGGGUUUGGUUUGGGACGAUGGUCAGGCGCCGGGACUGAGCGCAUUGGUUGCUUGGCCCACAAACGGAUUGCUGAACUGGGUGGGGAUCCCGUUGAAAUUACUUUGCAGGGAUCUCGGUGUUGGCUUUUGUUUUAUUAAACAAAUUUACGGUGUUUAA